AUGACUCUAAAGCCCGCUUUGAGGACCCUUGCAGAGUCAUACACAAACCAAACUCUCAAACAAUACCAGCUUUCAUAUCAUAGCAAGCCUCUCUGCCACCUUCACGCGAUUGCCGUCUCUCCAAAGUCGGAGAGCUUAGUGUCUGAAUCAAGAAACUCUAUAAUUGCACACCACCUGCUCGACAAAACUCCCCACAGAGACCUCUUGGAAUACAAUCACUUGCUUUUCGAGUAUUUUCGCAAUGACCGCAACAAUGAAGCGAUUAACCUCUUUGUGGGUCUUUGGCGGUCUGGUUUACAAGCAAAUGGGUCAAUCCUGUCUUCUGUUCUUAAGGUUUGUGGGUGCUUGUCUGAUCAAGUUGCGGGUAGACAACUGCAUUGUCAAUGUGUAAAAUGUGGGUGUGCAGAGGAUGUUAGUGUUGGGACCUCUCUUGUUGAUAUGUAUAUGAAGACUGAAGGUGUUAGAGAUGGAAGGAAAGUCUUUGAUGAGAUGGGGGACAGAACUGUAGUGUCAUGGACUUCCCUGAUUGCAGGUUAUGCAAGAAAUGGGUUGAAUGACCAGGCAUUGGAGUUGUUUUCAGAGAUGGGACUAGAAGGAAAUAAGCCUAACCCUUAUACAUUUGUGACGGUCCUUGGAGUUUUGGCAGCUAAAGGUAUGGUUGAGAAGGGAAGUCAGGUUCAUACCAUGGUGAUAAAGAAUGGCUUUGAGUCAAUUACGUUCGUGUGCAAUUCUUUGAUUAAUAUGUAUCUAAAGUCGGGGAUAGUUAAGGACGCUAAAGCUGUUUUUGAUUGUAUGCCGAAUAGGGAUGCAGUUACUUGGAAUAGUUUGAUUGCGGGUUAUGUGAUAAAUGGGCUCGAUUUGGAAGCUUUUGAAAUGUUUAAUCAGAUGGGGCUAGCAGGCGUUAAGUUCACACAACCGAUAUUUGUUACUAUCAUUAAGUUAUGUGCUAAUUAUAAAGAAUUGGUUUUUGCAAGACAACUUCAGUGCUGUGUUCUGAAGAGUGGGUUGGCAUUUGAUCGCAAUAUUAAAACAGCACUUAUGGUGGCUUAUAGUAAAUGCAGUGAAAUGGAUGACGCUUAUAAAAUAUUUUCUAUGAUGCAAGGUUUUCAAAGUGUGGUAACUUGGACUGCCAUGAUCAGUGGGUACUUGCAGAAUGGUGGAACAGAACAUGCAGUGAAGUUAUUCUGUCAAAUGAGUAGAGAAGGUGUUAAACCAAAUGAUUUCACUUAUUCUGCCAUCCUUAUGGCCCGCCCUUAUUUUUCUAUAGGCCAAGUACAUGCACAAGUCAUCAAAACAAAUUAUGAGAAGUCGCCUUCAGUAGGAACCUCACUCAUAGAUGCUUAUGUUAAGAUGCAAAAUGUUCAUGAAGCUGAAAAAGUUUUUCAUAUAAUUGAUGAGAAGGACAUUGUGGCAUGGUCAGCAAUGCUUUCUGGAUAUGCUCAAAUAGGAGAUACUGAGGGAGCUGUUAAAAUUUACCUCCAGUUGGCAAGGGAGGGGGUCAUACCUAAUGAAUUUACCUUGUCUAGUAUCAUUAAUGCUUGUGCUGCACCUACUGCAGCAGUAGAGCAGGGGAAACAGUUUCAUGCAUGCUCAAUUAAACUAAGGUUGAAUAAUACUUUAUGUCUAAGUAGUGCCCUUGUCACCAUGUAUGCAAAAAGGGGGAAUAUUGAGAGUGCAAAUGAAGUUUUCAAGAGGCAAGGAGAGAGAGACUUAGUUUCAUGGAACUCAAUGAUCUCUGGUUAUGCUCAACAUGGUAAUGGGAAGAAGGUUCUUGAAGUAUUUGAAGAUAUGCGUAGACAAAAUUUGGAAAUGGACGGUAUAACAUUCAUUAUCAUGAUCUCUGCCUGUACUCAUGCAGGCUUAGUAGAUGAAGGUGAAAAAUACUUCAAUAUUAUGGUCCAAGAUUACCAUAUCGAUCCAACAAUGGAGCACUAUUCUUGUAUGGUUGAUCUAUACAGCCGAGCAGGAAAUCUUGAAAAGGCCAUGGAUAUCAUAAACGGAAUGCCAUUCGAAGCUGGUGCAAAUGCGUGGCGAGCUCUCUUGGGUGCUUGCCGUAUUCACCGCAACAUAGAGCUGGGAAAACUCGCAGCAGAAAAGCUCAUUGCGCUUCAGCCACAAGACUCUGCCGCGUAUGUUCUGCUGUCCAAUAUCUAUGCUGCAGCUGGAAACUGGCAAGAGAGGGCUAAAGUGAGGAAACUGAUGGAUGAGAGAAACGUGAAAAAGCAACCUGGGUAUAGCUGGAUUGAGGUGAAGAACAAGACCUACUCAUUUUUGGCUGGUGACCUUUCACAUCCCAUGUCAGACCUUAUAUAUUCAAAACUUGAAGAGUUAAAUAACCGAUUGAGUGAUAUGGGUUAUCAGCCGGACACAAAUUAUGUGCUUCAUGAUGUUGAAGAGGAACACAAAGCAGCCUUUCUUUCUCAACACAGUGAAAGGCUAGCAAUUGCUUUUGGAUUGAUUGCCAAACCUCCAGGGUCUACUAUCCAGAUUCUGAAAAAUCUUAGAGUAUGUGGAGACUGUCACACAGUUAUUAAGUUAAUUUCGGUGAUUGAAGCAAGAGAUAUUGUUGUCAGGGAUUCAAAUCGAUUCCACCACUUUAAAGAUGGUUUAUGCUCUUGUGGAGACUAUUGGUGACUCCUCAUUUGGAAAUGGGUUUAACAUGAAGUUUUGAAAGGUUUCUUAAGUCAUCAAAAAUACCUUUAAGCAAAGCAGCAGCAUGGCUUCUUGUGCUACGAAAUUUUCAUCAUGGUGGCAGUGAGAAUUGAACUCCUAACUUAAAUGGAGAAUUUAAGGCACACCAUGCAUCUAGCAGGUGUAUUUUUUUAAUAGAUUUUUAUGGUGAGUGACCCAAUGGUUUUUCUCAUAAAAUAAAGAAGCGCCACAUACCAAGAUAACUGUUGACUGCUACAUGAUCCUACAUAAGUGGGAUUUCAAGAUAAUAAGAAAUCUGAAUGAAAUUGAGAUGGAGGAGCUCUCUGCAAUGUUACUGUUAUUAGAAAAUGGGUGUCUGUUGCCAAAUGGGGUUGAUGCAAGAAAGUGGAGGCUAGAAACUUCAGGGGAGUCCUUAUGUAAGUCUUGUGUUUGGCUUUUGUGUCACAGGCAGGAUUCCCUAUCUUUCCAACCUUUUGGGUAGAUCUGGAAACCAAGGGUUCCACCUAAAGUAAAAGUCUUGGCAUGGACUAGCUCACAGGAGGAUUAAUACUUGUUAUGUGAUCAAAAGAAGGCCUUAUAUGUGUCUUUCACCUCAUUGAUGCAUUUUGUGUAAAUAAGAGGGUGGAGGGAAUGUGGAUAAUGUGUUUCUAAAUAUGUGGUAGAGAUUGUAUAGGGAAGCCAAUGUAAGCUGGGUCAUCCUAAGGAGUUGUGUUGCUUUGCUCUCUGAGAAGCAUAGGUAGGGGUAAGAAAGCAAAAGCUCUUUAGGAGUGUCUGUUUUUCAAAGUUAUUCGGAUGGAACAAAAUAGGAGGAUAGCAAUAUGAAGGUGUGGAAGUGGAGGAAAUUUGGGUGAGAAUCAGAUUUUGGUCAUCAGUUCGGCCUUUGGUUGCUGGAUAUUUGAUUGGGAAACAGCUCUUUGUCGACAAUUACAGUUAGGAUAACAGUAGUGUGUUGUUGUU